AUGGCUGCCACCCAGAACCAUCCGCCCUCGCCGGAUCUCCCCCCCUCGCUGGCCGCUCUGGGUGCCUGCCCCGAGCUGUCCCGCUGCGUCUCGACCGCCUCGUCCCUCUCCCACAGCUCCCUCACCGAAGAGAGCUCGCGGGAUUCCCUCGGCAGCAACCUCAACACCUCACGCCACUCCUCAGGCUCCUACCACUCGCGCCGGUCCGAUGCCUCCCACGUCUCCCGACGCUCGACGCAGUCGGCCGACUCCAAGACGCGCCGACGUGGCUACAUGAAGCCCCAGACCACCGACUUCGCCGCCAGCGCCCGAUCCCGCGAGAGCGUCAUGAGUCUCGGCAGCAUCGCCCAUUUACAAUAUUACUUUGCCCGCACCGGCUUGCUCGACGGCAAGGGCGGCCAGCUUGCCCGUAAGAAGCAGGCCAAGGUAGCCCUCGAUCUGUCCGCCGUCGACAGCUCAGCAGACGUCACCAGACUUUCCUCCGACUUCGAUUCCUCAUACGCCUCCAUAGGUAGCAGCCCGGACCUUACCUCGCAGGGCUUCGCGGCUACCAUUACUGAGCCACCUGUGAAAGACGACGAGGACUACUACGACGAAGACAGCUUUACCGAGUCAGAAUCUGGCAUGCUCCCCCCCACGGUCAGCACAUAUCAUCACAGAGAGACACCCAUCCCGAGACCGCCAACGAUAGUAGAACUCAAGGCCGAGCUGGAGUCGACACUUCGUGAUGCCCAAAAGGCCCUCAAGGAGGCCGAGGCGAGAAAGGCCGGUGCCUAUCUUGCAACCCCCGACGAGCCUGUGCUUCCGAACAUGCCCGAAGAAAACUCGCAGGGCUGGUAUGAGCUCCAAGGCAUGCACAUACUCGAUGUCGUCACCCUCGCCAUCCGCGCCGCCAAGAUGUACUACACGGCCCAUGAGCAGCCUGACCGUCUCGACUCUAUCAAGUCAGAGAAGCAGGUCCGCUCCGACUUGCUCGCCGUCAUGGAGGUCCUAAAACAGAUGGCCAUUCGUGGCUUUAAGGGAGGCAUGAAGGAAGAUGACACCAAGACCAUGCUCGCCUGGACCGACAGCGUCUUUGACAUUCUCACCAAGGAGGCGGCCAUGGAGGCGGCCGAGACGAGCGAGCGCGCCAGCUGGACGUGGAUAUCCGGCGACUGGACCGGCCGCGAGCUUGCCCGCGAGCGCGCCUUUCUCGUUGCCAUGGAGCCAGAUGCCGCCACCACCCUGCCCCCAUGGACGCCCGCGGCGGACGCGCCAACCCUGCCGACGCCAUUCCUGGCGGCCAUGCAGACGGGCCUGCGCCUCGUCACACUUCACAAUGCCGCCGUGCACAAGUCGAAGCGGCGCUUUGGCGCCAUUCCGACGUUCCACACCGACACGCAAAAACCCUACCGCUGCGCCGACAACCUCCGCUACUGGGUCAAGGCUGCCGAGCUGCGCUUCGAGGUGGUCCUGGCCGUGGACGCGCUGGCUGUAGCGUACGGCACAGAUCGUCAGGCGUGGAUUGCUUUCGAGGCAGCGAUUGCCAAGUGGUGCCGGCGCGUCCGCGAGGAGAUAACCAAUGAGCUCAAGAAGUGA